AUGGCUUCUUCUUCCAACCAAGGAGAAGCUUCCCAAACAGAACCACCGCAUUUGGCCGCCAAUUCCUCAGACAAGCACGCCGGCCCAACACCGCCGCAACCGCCGCCGCCGCCAAAGCCAACGCCAACCACCACAACUUAUCCCACCCAUCCGCCACCCGGCUCAGCAUACCCGCCGGAGGGUUACCCUUCCGUUCCCGGCGGCCAGAACCACCACGCAUACCAUCAAGCAUACGCUUUAUACCCAAACGGAUACCCUCCCGGAUACCAUUAUCCCCCCACCGCCCCCUACUACGGUCCACCACCACCAUAUCCCGCCGCCUCCGUCGGCGGCACCAGCGCCGGCGUCAGAUUCUACCGGAGCUUCAUAUUGUGUUGUUGUAUAUUACUAACAUUCCUUUUUCUUGCAAGCCUUGUCUUGGCUUUAGUGCUACGUCCACAACUACCUAUUUACAAGGUUUUGUCCAUGUCUGUCACGAACUUCACCGUCACCCCAACCUUAACCGGCGAAUGGAACACCAAGAUGUACAUAGAGAAUCCCAACGAUAAGCUCAGGGCUUUUUUUUCUGACUUAAGGGUUGACGUUGUUUACAAAGAUGGUGUAGUGGCGGUGAAUUAUGCACCAGGUUUUACGUUGGAUAAGAAAGAGGUUACAGAAAUUGGCGUAACAGGUUCUUCUAGCCAUGCAAAUGAAGCUUUGAUGGAUAAAACGACGAUGGUUGACUUGGUCAAAGACCGAACCACUGGCUCUGUCACCUUCAGUUUGAGGUUGACUUCCAUAAACGCGUUCAAGUCUGGUUCGUUUUCGACGAGGAGCACUCAGAUAGUGGCCCUUUGUGAUGGGUUGAAGCUUGUGUUUCAGAAUAACAAUUCCACUGGGGUUUUGAAUAAUGGGGGAAACCCCAUAGAAUGCGAGCUUUAUGUUUGA